AUGGACAGCCCGCCGAGCCCUCCUGUGGCGCGUCCGGCACCGCCAGCUCCGCCGACGGCAGCGCCACCUGCACCACCGACCAUAGCGCCACCUGCGCCGCCGGGACCAGGCUCUACACUCCCGGCACCGGCGGCACACAGCGUGCGGGCUGCAGACAUCAGCUGCAUCCAGUCAGCGAGCGAGGAGCUGCUGACCGCCACCCUGCUGAUGGACGGAGCACCGAUCGCGCCGCCGCUGAUCGACCAGCGGCCCGACAUUAACCUGCUGACAUCAGCGCGGUGCUCGCUGAAAUCAGCCGUGGGAGACUGGCCGUCGCUGAGGCUGACCGUCAGGGAGUUUGGGGCCUGCGGAGUGGAGGAGUGUGUGAAGGGAGAGCGCUGGCUCUGCGUCACUGUGCGGUUCCCGAGACUGGCCGGUCUGCGUCUUCUGGAGGAUAGCGUGGUCCGGCUCCGCUGUCUGCCCAAAGAGCGCAGACACGCCCUCGAGAAGCAGCUCACCCUGCAGGCGCCGAGGCUGGACCGCUUACCAAUAGCGUCCUACUCUGGGGCGACGGAGGCCUCCGAGUCCGGCCUCCCCGAAUUUGACGUUCAGCUACUGCACCGCGGUCGGGGCCAGUUCCGGUUCACACCGGUCCACACCGGCUACGACAGCGUGCACCUGGGAGACGAGAUGGAACUGAGAACGACCGUCCGAGACGGAGACGGCUGGCGGUACAGUCGUCUGACGGGACUGGUACUGGAACGUGUACCGGCCGAUGGCGAGGUACAACCUAACGACAUUGUACCGCUGGUGCUCAGUGAUGGAUGUGCCAACCGAGAGUACAAGCUACUGGCACCUGAGAACCCUUCGUGGUUUGAGAAUGAUCCUCUGGUGGUCCGGUUCUCGUUCCGGGCAUUCUCCUUCCAGGGAGUGACCUCGGAUGACCUGAUCAGGGUCACAGUCCGGAUUGCCGCCUGCAGAUACUACGAGCCCGACUGUAGACCACCGGUCUGUGGGCCCGGCACCUCUUCACGAGUGAGGCGCAGCACAGAUUCGGAGCCAGCAGCGCUGAGUAGCAGCCGCCAGUCCCAUUUCCGGGUGGUGGGACGCGCCGUGGGGGAAGAGUUGCUGAUAAGCUCGCCUGUUGGACUCGAAUUCUUCUAUCCAGCGGCUCUUCUGGCGUUAUCUGCUGUUCUCGCCCUGUCAGCCUUUGUUUCGCUGCUGUUGACGCUAGCCACGAUGCGUAACACCCUCAAGAGCUUGACAGAGGCUUUUUUGAAAACUCGCUUCAGAAAUGAUUUUGAAGUGCUUGAAGAAAAGUGUAAAUAACACUUGAUCGUCGCUUGUGGCUGUAAGGAUGACAUUAUGCAAUGAUGCUUGUGUGUUUCAUCACUUGUUUUAUUACUAUACGUCUGUAUUUGUAAACGUAGAAUGCGGGAGGCGCUUUUUAUGCGUGUGUGACAAGUGUGUGAUAUUUAUUUUCAAUAGCUUGUAUUGGCUGUAAUGAAUUAACCCUCGCCGGACCUAUUGGUUUUCUACAU